GCCUUACGCGGUGGAUUUGGUACCAAAGCAAGGACCAACAGCUUACAAAGGUAUUGGUCUCCACUAGCUCCUUAAUCCAGCUGACCGACUCGCAGCUGGGACGAAGUCCCCGACGACCUCUUUCCCCUCCCCUCCCCUCCCUCGCCGGCAGCCCAGCGCCAAGUCCACCCCCCCCCCCCCCCCGCCUUCCCCGCUUCUGGUCCGCGGAAUCACUGUGAAAUCGAGCAAAAACACGCAGAAAGAAAAUGAUGAAGUCUAUGGGCAGCCGCGACAAGCUCUCGGCGGCCGCCGCGGCGUCGAGCCACCGCCGCGUCCUCGUCCUCGUCUUCGCCUCCUGCUUCGCCUUCGCGACCUUCCUCACCUUCCUCUACACCACCUCCCACUUCACAUCCGCGUCCGGCGCGGGCUCGGGCUCCUCUGCUUCCGGCGGCGGCGGGUCGGAGUCCGCGCUCCCUGUCCCGGUGUUCGAGGCGCUGGUCCACUACGCCUCCAUCUCCAACGCCACGCACCGCAUGUCGGACACGGACAUCCGCGCCAUCGCCGCCGUGCUCCGCGCGCGCGCGCCCUGCAACUUCCUCGUCUUCGGCCUCGGCGCCGAGUCCCCGCUCUGGCUCGCGCUCAACCACGGCGGCCGCACCGUCUUCCUCGACGAGAACGAGUUCUACGUCAAGUACCUCGAGCCGCGCCACCCGGGGCUCGAGGCCUACGACAUCUCCUACACCACCAAGGUGCGCGACUUCCGGGACCUCCUCCAGGCGGCGAGGGCAUCGCGCGCCAAGGAGUGCCGCCCCGUGCAGAACCUCCUCUUCUCCGAGUGCCGCCUCGCCAUCAACGACCUGCCCAACGACCUCUACGACGUCGCCUGGGACGUCGUCCUCAUCGACGGGCCGUCCGGGUGGAACCCGACCUCGCCGGGCCGGAUGCCGUCAAUCUUCACCACCGCCGUGUUGGCCCGCUCCGGCGCCACGGCGGCCAAGGGCCCCACCGACGUGCUGCUACACGACUUCCAGUUCGAGGUGGAGCAGGUGCUCAGCAAGGAGUUCCUCUGCGACGAGAACCGCGUCGCCGGCAGCGGCACCCCAUCGCUCGGCCACUUCGUGAUCCACCCGGGCGGCCCGCGCGACGCCUUCUGCUCCGGCCAGCAGAGCUCGACAUCGAAAGAGAAGACGCGCAAGUAAUUAGUCAAUCUUUCCACGGAAUCAUUAGCCUCUCUCCCCUUUCUUCUUGGCUAAUUUCCACCACUUCUCCUCUCCUCACCUUUUAUUUCUAUUUAUUUUGCUGCAAAUAUGUUGGUUGUUUUCGGGGCGAUAGUUGUAACAACCCUAAUGAUAUGAUUGCCUCGAUCACAAAAGAAGAGGGCAAAAAAUAGAAACGAUAAUAAAUAUAAGGGCUUUACACUUCACAGUUCA